UUAGUUCUCUCUCUCUCUCCUCCUCUCUCUUACUGUGGCUGCUCGGACGCAUACUUUCCUUCUCUGUCUCCCUCUGCUUCCUCCUCUGCGGAAGUACCCUUCCUUCUCCAGUUCUCCUUCCCCUCAUUUCUCUCUCUUGUUUGGAUUCUGUUUCCAGGACCCAAUUCAUCAUGGAUCGCCGUAGUUGGCCUUGGAGGAAGAAAAGCUCUGAAAAGGCCGCAGCUGCGAUGGACUCUAACAUUUCAUCUUUUGCAAACUCAGGCAGUCGGCAUGAGGAUCAGGAGGCUUCAAAGAAAGCAAACUUUGUCCAGGUCUCUUUAGAAACAUAUGCAAAAUUGGCUGAAUCAGAAGAGCAGGUGAACAUAUUGAAUCAAAAGCUUUCAUCUGCAUUCUUGGAUAUGGCCACCAAGGACAAUCUUGUAAAGCAGCAAGCUAAGGUUGCCGAAGAAGCUGUGUCAGGCUGGGAAAAGGCUGAAGCAGAAGCUCUGGGAUUAAAACAACAACUUGAGGCUCUAACUCUGCAAAAGCUUGCGGCUGAUGAUAGGUCUUCCCAUCUGGAUGGGGCUCUUAAAGAGUGCAUGAGGCAGAUUAGGCAUAUCAAAGAAGAAAGUGAACAAAAAAUGCAAGAAUUGGUCAUGAACAAAAACGAACAGUGGGAAAAGAUCAAGCAUGCAUUUGAAGCAAAAAUAUCAACCUUAGAACAAGAGCUCCUCAGGGCGUCAGCUGAAAAUGAUGCACUUGCCAGAUCAUUGGAAGAACGUGGUAAUUUGAUAGUGAAGAUGAAAGAAGAAAAAUCUCAUGCUGAUGCAGAAAUUGAAAUUCUUAAAGGCAAUAUUCAGUCUUGUGAAAGAGAAAUAAGUUCCAUGAGAUAUGAGCUUCAUGUCCUGUCUAAAGAGCUUGAAAUUCGCAAUGAGGAGAAAAAUAUGAGUGUUAAAACCGCUGAAGCAGCAAAUAAACAGCAUUUAGAGAGUGUAAAAAGAAUAACAAAACUAGAAGCCGAGUGCCAAAGAUUACGUGGCCUUGUGCGGAAGAAAUUGCCUGGCCCUGCAGCAUUGGCUCAGAUGAAACUUGAGGUUGAGAAUUUAGGCAGGGACCAUGGAGAAUAUAGAUUGCGAAGAUCACCUAUCAGAAAUUCAGUUCCAUAUCCACCUCCAGUGGCUGAAUUGCCUUUUGAUGUAUCUCAGCAGGACCAUAAGGAGGCUGAGUUCCUCAAAGCACGUCUAGCAGCAAUGGAGGAAGAAACAGAGAUGUUAAAGGAGGCUCUAGCAAAAUGUAACAACGAGCUUCAUUCUGCUAGAAACAUGCAUUCCAGGACAGCAAGUAAACUGCAUGCUAUUGAAGCCCAGAGGCAGUCACUCAGCCACAGAAAGACUUUGCAAAAGCCAAAUACUGAGAUCCCUGUUGAAGGAUCUUUGGAUCACAACAGUGGCACUCCUCCAAGCUUGACAUCAGUGUCUGAGGAUGGAAUUGAUGAUGAGGCAAGCUGUGCUGAAUCCUGGGCAACAGCUUUGAUUUCAGAACUAUCCCAGUUCAAAAAAGAGACAGCUUCUGAUGAAGGCAGCAAACUGAACAACUCUACAAAUUUGGACCUUAUGGAUGACUUUCUUGAGAUGGAGAAGUUGGCUUACAUGUCAACAGAGUCAAACGGAAUCACGUACAUGCCUAAUGACUUGGGUGUUCAGAGAACUGAUGAAAGUAGUCCUACAUCAUUUGCUUCUGCUCCUAAGGAUGAAGCUUCUAUGGGCUCUGAGAUUCCAUCUUCUGCUGAAGAUUCAUCCACCUUAGAAUGUGCAUCUAAUGCAGGCAAAGCAACAGUUUCACAACUUCAGAAAAGACUCUCAUUCAUUCUUUCAUCAGAGGUUAGAGACACUGACCUAGAGAGGAUUUUAGAUGAUAUUAGAUGCGUUUUACAGGAGAUGCGAAAUUCAUUGCCUCGGCCUUCAGUAAGUUCCUCUGGGGAACAACUGUCAGAAACUGCUUCUGGUGGGGAGUCUGCACCUCAGACUGCAGAUAGGGCCACAAAUGGUGGGGAUUGUUCUGUUCCAUGCUUGGGCGGCAUGGAAAUUGAUUUAACAGAUGCUGUAUCAAAGAUUCAUGAUUUUGUUUUAAGACUGGCAAAGGAAGCUAAGGGCAUAUGGAAAGAACACAACUCUGUUAACAAUUAUUCAGUUAACAUAAAUAAGUUCUCUGGAUCUGUUAACAAACUUUUAGAGGGCAAAAUAGUUAUGCCAGAAUUUAUUCUUGACCUUUCACAUACAUUGGCUGAGGCUAGUGAACUAUACUUUGUUGUUCCAAGCACUUAUGCCUCUCAGGAAGAAAGCAGUAAAGCUGGCAACUCAAGCAACCCUCAGAGCAAGGUACUAGAAAAUUCUUCUGGAAAGAAUACAGCCUCCAAUGAAGCUACUUGUGGUUCUCACUCUAGUUCCGAUGAGUGUAUGGAAGAAAAAAGUUCAAGUGUUGGCCCAGAUGUCAAGGAUUCCUCCAGUAAAUUGCUUGAAGAAGUUUCUCAGUUGAAAAUAGAGAAGGAUAGUCUGCAAGCAGAUUUGGCUAGGUGUAAGGAAAGUUUGGAGCAAACAAAAUCUACAUUAACAGAUACAGAGAGCCAGUUGUCUGAACUCAAGAUUGUGUUUGCCUCUUCUCAGAAGUCCAAUAGCUUAGCAGAGACACAGCUGAAAUGCAUGACAGAAUCUUACAAGCUGCUUGAGUUACGUUUUACAGAAACAGAAGGUGAAGUGAGCCAACUAAAGGCAAAAAUGGAGAAGUUAGCUGCGGAGCUUCAAGUGGAGAAGCAUGGUCACCAGGAAGCUGUAGCCAAAUGUAAUGAUCUUGAGGAGAAGCUUCAAAGGAAUGGGGGUUGCACACUCUGUUCUUCAACUCAUGGUGCUGAUGUAGAACUAAAAACCAAGCAGGAAAGGGAGAUAGCAGCCGCAGCAGAAAAACUAGCCGAAUGCCAAGAAACCAUCUUUCUCCUUGGAAAGCAUCUUAAAGAAUUGCAAUCUCCUCCAGUAAAUGUAGGCAACCCAAUUAUUGGUAGACGUGCAGACAAUGGUGCAUUCGUAGAAGACGAAAUUGAUGUCCUUGAACUUCAUGGCAUGCAUGAUUCCCCUGAAUGUGAGCCUGCUGAGACAGGAUUGGCCGCUUCCAUUAUGCCCAAAACUGGCCGUAAAUCCGAUAUGGAUGCGUAUCAUGUCCCAUUGAUUUCUUCAGACACAGAAGCAAGUCCAAUUACAAGGUCGCCCCUCAGUUCGAAGCGCCCAAAACACAGGCCUUCCAAAUCGUCUUCUUCCCCAUCGUCAUUCCUAACACCUGAGAAACCGGCACGUGGCAUUGGUAGAUUUUUUUCUAGAGGGAAGAUCAGCCUGUAGUGUCUUCAUAAUAAGUUUGAUGUUCAGAGUUGAAGGGAAACGUGUGGAGUUGAUCGUGUGGUAUUAUUCUUGAGUUCUACUACUUCACUGGGUUGAUGCCGUUCCUUCUGGUGACUCCAUGUCAGUACUGCGGGGUGCCUACAACAAAGAUUGUUUGGAUAGUGCAUUUCUAGGCAGGAUUAUGAGGUGGUUUUUGUCUCUUCCAGAACAACAUGAAAAUUUCAUGGAAGCGAGAUUUCUCCAGACGCCUUCCCUUUUAUUGCUAAGAUAAGAGAACUGCUUUUAUGUUUCUGCAAAAUUAAGGGACACGAUGUAUCUGAAAUAUGAUAUGCAUCCCAUGUAAUUGCAGAACUGAGCUCGUUAGGUCCGAGGGAAGGGUUGUUUGUAAAUACAUGUUUGAUAUGUAGGGAUGCAGUCCCUUUUUUCA